GCCGAAGAUGCGCUGGCAGCCGGGGCUGCGCGGCGCCUCGCCGCGGCCGCCCUGCGCGGAGGAGAGAGCUAAGAAGAAGGAGGAGGAGGCGGCGGCGGACAAGAAGGAAGAAGGGGGAAGUGGCGCGGAGCGGCCGCGACCGAGGAGGCUAUGAGCUGCUCGGACGUGGCUAUGCAGCAGCCCGCCUCGGCGGCGUGCGGGGAGCCCCGCUAUCUGGCCGCGCCCGCGGCGGGCUACCCGCAGAAGAAGUUAGCUGUAUACAACAAGAUGCAGGAGUCUCUGGAAGUGACCCUUCCCAGCAAGCAAGAGGAGGAUGAGAAAGACCAGCCUGCUGAAAUGGAGUACCUUAACUCGCGCUGCGUCCUUUUCACUUACUUCCAGGGAGACAUUGGUUCAGUAGUGGAUGAACACUUCUCGAGAGCUUUGAGCCAAGCCAGUAACUUCAGUCCGGAAGCUGCCCUUACCAAGAGCAAGACAGGGCUAGGUCCUCUGUGGAGAGAAAGCUCAACAAUUUCAAGCCAAAGGAGCAGUUUCCCAACUUCAUUUUGGACCAGCUCUUAUCAGCCUCCCCCUCCACCAUGCUUAAGUGGAGUACACCCCGAUUUCCCCGUUACUGCACCAGGCACCUUCCCAACACCAGAUCCCAGCAACUGGCCAGGACACGGCCUUCAUCAGACUGCCCCACCUCCCCCCGCUGCAUCUGAAUCCUGGCAUUAUCCUUUAGCAUCUCAGGUGAGCCCUUCGUAUGCACACAUGCAUGAUGUGUACAUGCAUCGCCAUCACCCUCAUCCACACAUGCACCAUCAUCAUCCCAGCUCCCACCGCGACCCCCGGUAUGGGUCCCUGCUGAUGCCUUCAGUCCGUGCAGCCAGGAUUCCUGCUCCCCAGUGUGACGUGACAAAGACAGAUCCCACUGCUGUCACCAGCGCUACCUCAGCAUGGGCUGGAGCCUUUCAUGGAACCGUGGACAUUGUGCCAAGUUUUGGGUUUGACACAGGUCUACAGCAUCAGGACAAGAGCAAGGAAACAUCUUGGUUCUGAAGUUCAGCUAAAUUAAGACCAGCUAGAGCUGGAGUGAGUGCAGCUGGGCAGGCGAUAUAAGAGCUGUUGACUCCUUCUGCAUGGGGCAAAGGACACACAUGAAGAUGAAGAGCCAACCAUUCUGGUUUUGCUAUUGAGCCUUUCAUUCAUAAGGCCAUUUAUGGGUCCCAAAGUGUUGGAAAAAAACAAAACCCUUACUUUUCUUUCUUUCCUCAUCUGAGCCUGCUGUAGCUGGGCAAUACUAACUCCUCUCUGCUCCUUUAACAGUGUUUUGUUUUGUUCAGCUUGAUAUUUUUAUGGACAGUCUCAGUUGUCAGGGAAAAGACUCUCCCUUAAAUACAGUGCGCCUCCUUUCAGGAAUACAGUAUUUUGUAGCUCUUUGUGCAUCUAUUUUUGUAGAAAUACAGAAAGUUUGGGUAAGGAUUGGUGGGCUAUUUUAGGAUGAUGUAUUUUUUUAAAAAAAAUUAAAAUUGUUAAGUUCUGUUUAAAGAACUUGCUCUCAGAGAAGCACUGGCAAAAAUGUAUAAAAUGCUGAUUUUAGAUGUCUGUGAUGUGAUUGUGCCUUUUUUUUGUUGUUUUGUUACCUCAAGUGUCUAUCCUUUCUUUUGUAAAGAGCUAAACCUUCCUUGUUUCCACAUUAUUAAAUUUUGAUGCUUUUGUGCUUUUGUUCUAGCUUAAGCAAGUGUAAUUCACACCUAAAGUUUCAACCAAAUAGUUUUCCUGGUGGUGUUAGAUUGUAAUAUGGCUUUAUGCUGUGCUGAUUGUCAGAAACUUGCAAAUACCUUUAGCAUGGGACAAAGCCUGGAGUUACAGGAACUGUACUUACAACCUAUCCAUUUUUUCACACUGGACCAAAUGCUCUUACAGAUUUAAAUCAGGCAUGAGUUGGGGCCUCAUCCAUGAUCCACUGAAGCUGUUGAGCAGAGUCCCUUAUGAGUUAUGUUUCAGGUCGUCAUAGUGCUCAUAAAUUUCAGUAUACUGUCACUUUAACUCACAAAGCAGGAUUUCCAGCUAAGCCAUUUUAAGGAUGAUAACUUACAACAUCGAUAUUCAGGAAAGAAAUGUUAGUUUUAUAAAAAUGCAUAGCUAGUGGAAACAAAAUCUUUUCAACUACCCUGAUCUGUCUGCUGAGCACCUCAAGGAAAGUGCUAAAAUUUUCAACUCCUGUUGACUUCAAAAUCUGUUUGUCUAACCUAAGAUCUGCUGUGACCUUAUGAGACCUGAGGCCUUAUGAGACCCCAGCUGCAGCUCUUUAAUUUUCUAGGAAGUUGCACGUGUUCACCGUGCACGAAUUCAGGCUUGGCUGCUGUCUAGGUAAGAAUAUGAACUUGGAAAUGAUGCGGCCACAUGUAGCCACAUUGCUCUGCAAGGUGAAACCCCAUUUCUGGCCUGGGCCUUGGGUCUGACUUGCAUAAUAAGGACUUUAGUUGCAGCCAAAGUGAGCAGGAUGCAAUCCUGACUGAGGGCUGCAUGACCCUUGACAGCCUGAGUCCUGCGAUGGGCUGCAGCUGGGUCCCAGUGACCCCACUGGGAGUGUCAGGAUGUGCUUAGGUGGGGCUGAGUGGAGGACUGGGGACGGGGUUGGCAGACCCUAGCUCUUGCUUGGAGAUUUUGCCUUUCUGCUCUCUGCACACAGGGUCCCUCUGUAAUAUUUCCCAAGGCUCUGAUAACCGAUUGUAUUUCUGUUACCACUGUUUUCAGGCAUCCCUGACUGAAAGACGAACUAAAAAGCUAAAGCUAAAUGGAAAUCAAGACAUAAACAUGUGGCUGAGAUAAGAAACAGUUUAAUUUGAAGGCAACGAGCAUUGUAAAAGUAGGUUUGUCAGGUGGAGACCACAUGGAUCUAUGUGUGAAAGGAGAGAGUGUUGGGAUGUGCAUACCACUCUGAGGUUCAGCCCUCCCUCCUUGCAUUGCUGCUUCUCUCUGGGCUUGCUUUUUGAACUUGCUCCUGGGAGGUGUUGAGCAUUCUCCCUUCUCAUGUGAGAGGGCUUGACAUGCUGGCACUGGAGGCAUUAAGAUUAUGUUAGAAUUAGGCAAGACCCUUAAGCAUGUUACCUUGCUGAUUAGAAGUAGGAGACAGAAUAAAAGUGCUGAACAGGUGAUGCUUAAAUACUACCUUAAAAGAGUAGUGAUAUAGUUUCUGUGUUAGGGUGCUGCAUGAAUUGUGGUGGGUUGUUGUGGGUUUUUUUCUCAUCUUUAUAGUUCAUCAGCACCUCUUUCUCUUAUAUAGAACUAUCAUGGGAGUGUAAUUUCUUAUUGCUGCACAGCUGGAGUCAGCUCAAUGAACACAGUGCAGUGGGAAAAGUGUAUGGGAGGAAACAGUAAUAGCUGACACAGUUCACUUUCAUAUCAGGAUAGGAUAGUUCAGAAGAUAUCUUAAGAGUUCUGACUUAGGAAUUUUGACAGGAUUAGAAAUAGUGAGAGAAAAAAGAAAAGGGCUUUCUUCUCACCCCCCUGCCCCGGUCUUUACAAAGCUGGAAGGCAAAAAGGCAGCAUAACCUCUUUAAACUUUAAGGCUGGAGGGCUUGGGUUUUGAGUUGUAGUAUAUUUGACAUCCCUAAAUAUUUUAAAGCCCAGCAAAAACAAUCAGUUCAUUGCUUUUCUCUUUGCAAGUUCAGAUGGUGAGGAAUCUCCUGCAGUUCUCUAUAGAUGUCAAAGCAGAAUAGACACAGGAAAAAAAAGUCCUCAGUUUGCACUGGAAUCCCUUCUGGAUUGUUUUAUUGACUUGAUGGGCAAUGGGAAUGAACGUGUGGCAAAACUAAUUGCCUCAUCCACCUCAAGGGCUACUGUUGUGAGCCCAGAUUCCACUACUGAACCUGUGAGUGUGCUGAAACAACUUCUGUUGCUCUGCAGGCUCUGAGAGACAAGUGCCAAUAAAAACAUGCUGUCAUCUAUAACCAGGCUUGCACCAGCCAAUUGACUCUGAAAGUCAAGUAGAUUUAUUUCUUUUUUCCUCAGUCACUAACCAUCCCCCGUACUAACGGGCAAGUUGAAAGUAAAAGCACUCUCUCUUCUCUCAUACACGCACACUUAUACUCACGCACAAAUGUGUUUAUGGAAAGCAGAUGCUGAAAUGGUUUUCUUCUUGGAAGAGGAGAGGCGAGUGCUUGCUCACAGUGUUGCAGUUUAGGAGAACUGAUAGCAGCGAGAAAGAAGCAGAAAUGGUAAGAUCACUCGUUUCCACAGAUAGGACAAAAAGGACCUUUAAAUCAGGUCAUAGACAAGUUAUGUGUCUUAAUGCAUUACUAAGGGAGUUUUUUCUUUCCUUUUGAGUUUGGUAAUUUCAGAUGCUGUCCCAGGAAAGCGGAUGAUUCAUUUUGCGAGGACUUACAAAACAUGUUGUACUCUGUACUCACUAUUUUCGUGGGAGAACUUGGGGAAAUUAUUGUUUUAUUUCAAGAAAAUCUACAUGCUAAAGGCCUUAAAGUUAUCAAGGAUUUGAUUUUAUUCCUGUUAAUGUUGAGAAAUCUGCUGUCAAUAUUUAUGCCUUUAUUUGAAGACUGGGAGGAUUCAAGCUGUCCACCAGUUUUUGAAAGCAGAUAUCAGCUUGUUUCCAUUGGGUAUUUCAAUCCCAAUAAGAUGAUGGAACACUACAGCUACUGGCCACCCAGCAGAUUUGAUUUCUGAAGUGCUUAAGAAGCAAGCUACUUUUGGCAAAAGUAAAAUGGACUUGGUUCUGAUUUCUCCCCUCACCUGACACACAAAAUCAGUUACUGGUUUAUCCAACACCUCUCUCAUAGUGUAAAGUUCUCCAGUGAAUGUCAGUCUUCUCUCAGUUAUCUAUUUCUGCCUCAAAACAUACUUUCAAGAAUGAAUCUCUCAUCACAGCUUUCAGAGAGCAAAGGUUGCAGGAGGGGAAUGUCACAUUUCGCCCCACCCACAUUUAGGAUCAACUUUCCUGUACCCAGCCUUUCUCCUUCUAGGCUACUGUGUAUGUCGUACUCUCCUCCCACAAUUCUCUAUGUGUAUAUAUAUAUUUAUAUACAUUAGUAUACAUAUAUAUACACGUUUAGCUAUAUCUGGCUCCCUCCAUUAUACCCUCGUGCAUCCUUUGAAAGUGAAGGACAUCACUAAAUUUUAUCUGAGACUGAGAAAAUGUAGGAAUUUUAUUGCAUGUUUUGUAAUCUCAGGAGUGAAUGGAAUUUCUCCAUUUGUGCUAAAAAAAAACAGUGACCCAAACCGAACAACAAAAAUAACACACACACAUACAAAAGACCCACAAAAAGAAACCUUUCAAAACACCUGAUUUGUUUUACCUGUAAAGAUGACCAUGAAGUCAACAGGGUUAUGUAGAGAGGUGAAAUACAUAGCCUUUCAGCAGACAAGCAUAUCUUUUGAAUAUGAUUCUUCUGAUCUAUUUCAAGUACAAGCUUUUUCUCCAUAUCAAUGGACCAGCAACAUAUAUUUCUUAUAAAGGAUUUAAAUAUAUAUAUAUAUUUUUUAAAUUUACUCUUUUUUUGGCUUUACUGUGUCAGCCUUUGAGCUUUUAAAGGGUAUUUGGUUGAUAAUUAUUGUUUGUGUGGAUGUUUUAAAAGUGAAUGCAUGUUGUUUGGAACUGAAAUCUCAUGUAAAGCAGGAAGGUAUUUAAAAAUAAAUACUACUUUUACAUAUUAGCCCUAUGGGCACAAUCUGACAUUUGUGAUACAGAAAGAUGUCCCUUUAAAGACUAAGGGACUCUUGCUGGAACAAGGUCAAAAUCUGAUUCCUGUUACAAGAAAAGCAGGAAAAUCUUGCAAAGGCUGAGCUGGUAGACCUGUGAGCAGAGAUGAUCCUCUCCAGCACUGUAUAUAGAUGGUUGGGAGACACUGCUCAACGUACUAAAUAUACAUUGUGUUGGCAGUAACUUGUUUAUACUUACCCCAGAGGUGAAUUGCUUUCCAAGGGGUAUUGGAGAUGUCUGUGGAAACCCUUGGUAUGCACAGUGCCCAUGAUUUGUUCUUGCUCUGUGGUCUACAUAACAUCAGAGUAGGUCCUAAGAAAGUUGGUCUGGAGUUCCCUGUGAAAUGGAGGAUGUUUUUAGCUCUCAGUAAAGAUAGUUUAGGGAUGGGGUAAUUAAAAUAUCACAAUUACCUCACCCACCUGCUCAGAGGUUUGAGCCUUUGAGAUUGAUCAGCUGUGCAUCAUUAAUGAUGGCCCUUUUCAUACAGGAGCCCAUAUCCUGCUUCCUCCCCUCAUCAUCCUUGGAAAUCUUUGAUGGUAUUGAAAUCAUUGGGACUAGCCUUGAAUGCCUGAAUUGCAGUCCAGUGGUGGCCUGGGGUCUGGUCCAACAUCAGUGGACAUGAACUGGAAUCAGCAUUGAUUCUGGUGAUCUUGGGCUCAGGUAACUAGAACCUAUAGACAACUGAUAUUUAUAGCAGUUGAGGUUUACAGUAAUCUAGUAAAGUAUCUGCAGAACUAUGCUGCACUUUCUCUGCAAGCUGUUUGUAGCUGUUGUUAAAAACCAUCAGUCAAAUCAGGGUCCCUUCCCUCCCCCCACCUGUUUCCUAACCCUACUUCCCUUAAAACUCCAUUGAACUUUUUUUUCCUUCAUGUCAAAACUGAUGGGGGGGGGACUUUGUAUAAAGAAAACUGUCACUGUUUUAAUUACUGAAUAAAUAAUUUAAUGUGAAUUCUAUUGUUAUAUUUUUUAUGUAGCAUUUUCAGUUUGGUCUGUAUUUCUCAACAAUUAGCUAAUGCUUUCUUUUGAUUCUUAUGCAACUGAAGAACUCAUAAAUCUCUGUAAAUUACG